ACUAACACACACUUGAUUUUCUCACCAUAGCUUACUAAUCUCUCUUUGUAAUUAAAUCUCAAUUUAGUCCCUCUUUUAAGCUAGAAGACAUGAAGCUUGUUUGGUGUCCGGAUAUGGCUUCAAAAGCUUAUAUAGACACCGUUAAAUCAUGUCAAAAUUUCAAGGAACCGGGCGUACCGGAGCUGCUGUCGGCGAUGGCUGCCGGCUGGAAUUCGAAGCUGAUCGUAGAGUCUUGGUCACACGGUGGACCGAUAGCAACAAGUGUUGGCCUCGCGGUGGCUGCCAGUCACACUAGUGGCAGACAUGUUUGCAUUGUCCCCGAUGAACGGUCGAGAUCGGGAUACAUCCAGGCCAUGAGAGAGCUGGCAGGAAUCUCGCCGACGAAUGUGGUGGUUGGAGACGGAGGAGAGUUGGUGGCGGAGAUUUCAGGCGUCGAUUUCCUGGUGGUGGAUUCAAAGUGCGAUGAUUUCGCCAGUGUUUUGAGGCGCGCAAGGUUGAGUGACGGCGGAGCGGUUUUGGCAUGCAAAAAUGCACGCGACAGGAGAUGUUCUGGGUUUCGGUGGAAUUGGGUGCUUGAUAGAGGGACGCGUGUCGCGAGAUCGGUGUUCUUGCCCGUGGGGAAAGGAUUAGAUAUUGCUCAUGUGGGUGCUAAUGGUGAGGAUGCGUUCUCCGAUAAGGCCCCUGGCCGUUGGAUUAGGCACAUCGACCAAAGAUCGGGAGAGGAGCAUAUCUUUCGCGGUUAAAGCAUUUUUUUUUUUUUAUCACAUCGGAGCCGCCCUGCAAGUAAAAUUUAUGUUAAAAUAAUUUUUGUUAUUACGUUUUUUUUUUUUUCUCGUACCUAUGUACAAAGUGUCUGUUUUUUAGCUAGUUAUGUAAAUCAACGUGUUGUUUUAGUAGGAAUCAAGACUUUGGAUCUAA